CACCGUCACCGGCAGCGACCAGCGGCGGCGGCGUCGAAGCAGCAGCAGCAGCAGCAGCAGCUCGUGGGGCGUCGCAGGACGCGGCGCGGUGGCGGCGCGUGGCGCGGGGACGGACUGCGCUGUUUCGGCGGUGGAUGUUCGGCGCUGCAGCCUCGCGGCGGCCGCGGCUGCACCGCUGCCGCCCGCCCGCGGCGGCCGCUGGCGACGAGGCAGCUCGACGGGUAGCGUGCUCGCCGAGCCGUUCGCGGGCGCCGCCGCCUGGCCAGGCAGCCUGCAUGGCCGUCCCCCCUUCGGCAGCGGCGGGGGAGCGGGAUCGCCGCCGGCCGCCAUGUCUCGGAUCAGCGUGCGCGCUCUGCGGGUGCUGACGCCCGCGUCGGCGCUGGCCUCUCUCGUGGCGAACGCCAUCGCGCUCUGCUCCAACAGCUGGCUGCACAGCACCGAGCUCAUGCCGAACCCGAGCUACAACGGCUCCGGGGACCGCGAGCAGCUCGCCAAGAACACCGUGUCCGGGCUCUGGAAGAUCUGCUUCAACGAACCCGGUAAAUCGGAUAUGAAUUGUGUGAUGAUCGACUACUUUCCAAAGGAGGAGUACAGUCCUGAUCCCAACGACUCAACGAUGGCAAUACCUUACGCGGUGAAGCGUGCCUCGGCCUUCAUCCUGAUCAGCGCCCUGGUGCUGGUGGUGGGGGAGCUGCUGUGCUUCCUGGGCCACCUGUUUCGGCGCGGACGCGUGCUCACCUUUGCUGGAGGCAUCGCAUUCAUACUCUCCGGGCUCAUGAUCCUGGUGGGCAUGGUGAUCUACAUCUCGACCUUCAAGGCCGAGGUGGGCUCCAAGCUGCGGCCCAAGUCUUCCUUCCAGGAACCCCUGUUCACCUACAGCUACGGCUACUCGUUCCUGCUGGCCGUCACGGGGCUCAUGUCGUGCGAGCUGGCGGGCACCUUCUCCAUCUUCCUCUGCAUCCACCGCUACCAGCAGCAGCUGAGGAAGAAGCUCGACCGGCUCAAGCCCGUCGACCACCUGCCGGGCUGCCGGCGGUACCAGCAGCCGCUGCAGAGACACGCCUCGACGGCGAGCCAGCGCCUGCUGCCCCACUCGUCUUCCCCGCCUCCCACGGCGCCCGGCCGGAGCACGUCGGCCCGGAGGCACCACUCCUACCACCAGCAGCACACGGGCUCCGAGCCGAGCUCGCUGGCGUUCGAGCCUCCGUCGCCUCCGGGCUCCUCGAGGCUUCACCACCACCAGCACCACCAGCAAGGCGGUGGCAGACCGCGCCUGCCGGCGUCGGAGUCGAUGAGGGACCUGUCGUACUACAACUUCCCGCCUUUCUCGAGGGACACGACCUGCAACACCGUCUCCACCACGGCCGACAACCUGACGCGCGAGUACUCGCGCGAGUUCUCGUUCGAGACGCUGCGCCGGACCACGCCGGUCUGAGGUUGUUGCCCGCUGUAGGUGUAGCGCUCGCGGUCAGUCUUCUUUUCUCCUCAUCGUUGUCGACUCGAAGACGACGACCAGCAAUCACUCACUCACUCUUCGUUGCGGAGGCGGCACUGUGUACAGCGGGCGAUGCUCGUUUAUCGAAAACCCUUCGUUCUGCUCCACGUAUUGCAAAUAAUGGACGCUCGUGUGUAGGAAACUUGAGUCCCCUGCGCUAGCAGUGAAGGAGAGGAAAGAGUUGAGGCCGGGUGCCAAUGAAGACGACGCCGUGACGAGUUUCUGUGAUUGCUUCACAGAAGGCUUGUGGUCAGAAUUCUCUCAGCUCAGAUGAUCUGUUGGUUUGUAGUCAUCGUAGAAUGCUAUGUGUAGAAUGUCCAAUGGGCUCACGUUUCAAGAAAAUGGUUGGGAAUACUUUUCCGGGCUUAGCUACGAACUGCCAAGGGUGUGAGUGCUUAGAGAAAGAGAGAGAGGGAGUACGCAGACAUUGGUUCAAGUGCCUAAUUUAGUCAUGUACUGAAAAACAUACUGUCCAGUGUGCUUUUGUUUCGCUCAAUGCACGAUGCAUCAAAUGUGGGGAGGACGUAUUAGUAGCUACAAGAAUCAUGUCGACUUGUACAAACACAGUGAUAGUAAAUUACAAGACGAGUAUAAAAUUAAGUGGUGCUGCCGUCUUGUCAUUAUGACGGAAAAUGAACAUCGGACACGUUCCACCAUCCACAGGUCCUUGUGUCGCUUGCAGGGCACACACAACGGAGCGCUUUAACAUAUCGAGAUUUGGCUGUCGGCCAGGAGCACUCCUCAUGGUCGUACUGGCUGUAUACGGCGUCUCUGUACUCUUAUCGAGACUAAAGACAGCGAUAAGAGGUUAGGAAACACUUAGUCGAAGAUAGCACCGUGCUAUCAAGCCUAAGUACGAUAAAAUCAAACCACAAGCUAACUGUUCCCGCAUAUGUGUCGGCUACGAUCACGAAAGGUAUUCUGAUGGCUUUGUCACUAUAGGGAGAGUCAUUCCAUUUUAUGAUAUGAUAUUCAUAUCUGCAACUUGCACAAUAAGAAGCAACGUAGCGUGUAAUUUAGACCCUUUCAAAAUAAAGAGAAUUCGCAGGAAGAAAAGAAAGCACCAAACCUACCGAACCACAGCAUGGCCACCAACUCUGGUUCAAGCUCUCUCCUAACGAGCCGCACAAAAACAUCGUGUAUGUGAAUCCGAAUUUCGGCACUCGCACCCCCUAUUUGCGAAAGAAAGAAUAACGCCUUCUUUCCUGAUGGCAGGAAUCAUAAAGAAAUGCAUUUCUGACUUCGCGCUGAACGUAGCAAUCUACUAGAUGACUGCACUCUGGAUGACAGCUCCUCCUAACGACCGACUGCGCGAGAAAAGGUGUUGGUUCGUUCUUAAAGAAGAAUUGCUGAAAUGAAAGCAGCUCCUAGCUCAGUAUAAAGUUCCGUGGGAACGCGAGCGAAAACGGAAUGGCGCCGAGCCUCCCAGGCUCAUGUUGGGUGACCAAGGCUCCGGUUCAUGACAUGGCCUCAGAGACCGCACCUGCACUAUCUGAUCUCGAAGCCCAUGUAUUGCGUAAGCUACUAGUUCUUAGACAUGCCGCCUCAUGAUGCGCGAUUUGGGAGUCGUUCCUUUCCUGUUGUUCCGCUCCUUCCUAUUUGAGUGAAAAAUCAGAGGCUGACGACAUUUUUUUAGCCUGUUCGGUAGAAGCAGACUAAAGGAAUUCAUAUGAAAUUUCCGCUCCAGUAAUGCGCGAAGUACUUCACGCCCUGGCGAAGCUAGUAUUUUAAGGUACACAAAGUUUCAAAAAUAACUGGAUAUGUCAUAUUAGAGCACCGUGAUUAUUGAUUGAGAGACAACAUGCGGUGCACGCAGAAACGAUUGAGUGAUGUAAAGGUGGCUCUGGAAGAUUUAAUCCGCAACGGUGAAAAUUAGCCAUAAUUUGGCCGGAAAGGGUGACGUACGUAGAACUUGAGGGCACUCGAACUUGGAAUUCUUGCUCCAAAUCAUUUUUAUUCCCUUCAGCUAUUCAUCUACGCGGCGUCGCUCACCACAUGGCCGUGGGAAGGCGGCAUGAGGCGCAUGAAUCGGUGUCCUGGUAUCACAGGGUUUUACGUGACACAGUGGUGCUGGCUUCGAUCUCCUCCCCUCAAUCUCUGCAAGCAGCCCUUACGUGAGACAAAUGUUCAGCCCGUUCUCAAACUGCUUAUACUCAUCCCAGGUAUCAAUCACCACUGGUAUCAAUAUUCCUGCUUAGUUUACAAAUCACGAUUCCCUCCUUGACUAAGUAAACCCCACCGAAGGGAUUACGUAAGCACUGAUGCUUAAAGCACAGAUCUCAUACUCAGGCACCAGUGAACCGUCUUUAUUACAUUGAUAUUGUUUUCAUCCGUGGUAGUAGGUUUUUAAAGUCAUCAACGCGUUCAGUAGUGUCCCGUAUCCAACAUAUUUACCACAAUUCGAUCAGUUAGUAAACAAUUUAUACCCGUGCACUCGAAGUUGAAGAUUAACGAAGUACAAUACCAGGAAAGAAAUUCCAUUCUGUCACGUUACUGCUUUUAUUUGAGUAAUUUUGAAUGGCUACAAACGGAUACUCACUCAGGUUUCAUCUAUGGCAAGCCGCCGUUCAUAAUGAAGCACCAGACACCGAAUCAUGGCGUCGGUUACAGGACACUACUGCACGUUGUUGUCCCUUUAUGGCCUUUUCGUAUGCGCCAUCUCGCGGGCAUUGAGAGUACAUGUUCUCCUUGCGCAGGAGAGAGUUUCAUCUGGAUAGAUAUCGCGUAGGCUUUUCAACUGCCCUAACACACAGGAGCGACAAGAACGCGUGUAUCGACGCAGCACCUCGGCUCAAAGAACAAAAAAAAAGCAAGUCUUAGUAGUGCUCGCGACCCUGUCGUGCGCCGAGGUGGUGGACUGAAGCGGCAAGUCGACGUUCGACCGUCGCGACAUCUUUGUAUCUUAACACUUUCAAAGAGACUCCUUUCACAAGCAUCAUCGAAUUGUUCAAGUGGAGAGACUUUGUAUAAUGCAAUUCGCGCGUGCCGGUGGUUUGUUUCUGAAACCG